ACGGUGCUGCAUAUAUGGAAUUUAAAAGGACUCUACAUCACUUAUUAGUGGUGAUACUCAUUGCAGCUUUCUUGAUGACCAUGUUUUACCAGUCGGAGCGUCAGCUUCGUCCAAACCAUAUAAAUGUUCCACCCACAUUUAAGUAUAAGAACUAUACAGUAUCUAACUUAUCAUCGACUAGUAUGAAAAAUAAAAUGACUUCGUACACGAGCAACGCAUAUUCCACAGCUCGAAUCAUCGACCGGAAGGACUCCUACCAGGUCAACGAUAGUCUGAAGAUCCUCAUCACAGCAAUGGACAUCAACAACGCCUCGAAGAGCUACGGAGGAGAUUACUUCCGGGUUAAACUCUACACCCCAGAAACGAAGUCGUCCUGGAGCAUUGACGUCACGAAUGACCUGGGAAAUGGAUCCUAUAUAGCUGAUGUGACCUUGAGAUGGCCUGGGAAGGUGAGCGUGAUUGUGACAUUGGUGCACCCGAGUGAAGCAGUUGAGAUUCUGCAGAGGACCCGUGUCGUGGAGCCAGGGAAAACAAUCUUUACUGGAAGGUACUCGCGAAAUCUGAGCUCCGGUUCGGAAAUCUAUGAAGAUACAAUGUGCAUUCCCAAAAUAAUCAAUAAUAGAUCGUUGUGCAACUUCACAGAUGGGCGAACGGGCUAUCCAUGGUUCUGCGUAGCGCCCUCCAAUAAAAAUCUGUCAUGCGAUGACUGGAAGCGAUACGCAACAGAUAACAAACUAUCCCAAAAAUUCACCAUGAAUGCAUUAAGCAAAGAAGAGGAAAAAGUCUUCAAAGUAUAUAAGCUGCCAAUAACAAAUCCACCACUUCCAUUGGAUGUCAAAGGCGAUAUUGAUAGUUGGAAGAAGAGCGUCUUUGCCUAUCAAGAUUCCUUACCAUCCUGUAAACCAGGACAACAUCUACACAACCCUACUCCUUCAGGCUUCUACGCCAAGGACAUCUGGUUCUCAGAUCAAUGCAAAUUCCGUCGGUUUACCAAGCCCGAAGUCUUACAAUGUCUGCAGAACAGAGCAGCUCAUAUUUUUGGUGACUCCACUUCCAGGCAACUAUACAUUGAGCUUGCCAGUAGAUAUAAACCUGAAAUUAAAGCGGAGCCGCCAAAGGAUAAAAGUCAAUCUAUUGCUGGACCACUGCAUUCUAGAAGUACCAAAUUUAAUAUUUCCAUUAAUUUCAAAUUUCAUGGUCACCCUGCCCGUCCGUCGUUUUUCCUUCGCAAGGAUACCAUCAACUAUAUUAUCAACGAAUUAGAUGAUCUCACUGUAGAUUCAAGAACAGUCGUAUUGAUUUGUGUUGGAACACAUUAUACGACUUAUCCUUUGGAGAUGUAUGAAGAAAGAAUGAGGGAUAUUAAAGCAGCAGUUCAGAGGCUUCACAUGAGAAGUCCUCAGACACUUGUGAUCUUUAAGAGCGCAAACACCCGUGAGCAUGAAACCACGUUUCAUGUGUUGCAGAACAGUGAGUGGUAUAUUAGGACGUUGGACCAAACGAUGAGGGCGCUCUUGAAGGAUGCCCCCGAGUUGGCUUUCAUCGACUCUUGGGAUAUGACCAUUGCUCAGAACUUCAAAGACAAUGUUCAUCCGAACCAGAAAGUAGUCGUCAAUCUUAUGAAUAACUUCCUUUCAUAUAUUUGCCCAGUCGCGUCAUAACCAACGUAAUAUUUAGGAGUUUGCUAUGUUUCAGUCACGCCAACCAAACCAACUCCAAAUUACCGAUCGAUAGAUUUCAUUGGAAAUACCCUCAGUACUGGAAAUAACAAAGUGCCACACAGUGUGAUUACAGUGUGUUUACAUAGUGGACGAUGUGAGAAUAUUUUUCAUACUGAUAAAAUGCUCAAAUUCGACAUGCAGCGUGAAGAUAUAACAGUGAGACUGUUCACAUAGUCGACUAUGUGAAUAUGCCUAUUAUAUGCGAUUCACAAAACCACUCAAAUUUAACAGUAUGAAGUUGAUUUCACAGUGUGAACACACUGUGGCACAUAUCGUAGGACACUGUGUUAUUUCCAGUAGGGUAAUAACUCUCAUCGGUCUGAGGUAUGUUUUGUUGAUGUGACUACUCAGGAAAUAAACAGUGUCCCUAUAAGUGUGUUCACGGCGUGGAACACAAUGUGAGUGCAAUUAUGCUUAUAAUUUGUUCACCUUUAAGGGUGCAAUUAAGUAGAAUUAGUACUGAAUUUGAUGUACAUUAUUGGAUUUAGUUAAAAUUAUUGUUUGAACUAUGAUAAUGACAUUAUUUGGGGCUAACCUCGAUUAGCAUCUUGCUAUUAUGUUAGCUCCAAUUACCAAAUGCUUUGUUUAAAUGUGAUGUACUAUUCCUUGUAAUUGUACCUGACAGUGAUAUUUGGUCAUAAAAUUAAAUUCAAAUUCAAUUCACUUAGCGAUAGGCCUACUAUAAGCACACUAUGGAGUUGUCAAGUAUUACGCACAUUAAAAGGCGAAAAGUUGCACCUUUUAGUAAUCAAAUUUCCACCACUCAGUCAAACACAUCAAGUAGGGCCUUUAAACCAAACGAGAUUGUUUCUUUAUUAGAUAUAGAAAGACGUUAAGUAUAUAUAUUCGUUCCAAUAUCAAAGUUUUUGGGUCAUUGAUUAUGCGAUGAUAGCAUACACCAAAGAGCUGGUACCUUUGGGGAUCUUUAAAAGAAAUCGGUGUGAAGUACCUCACGAUAAAAUCUGUUUGGAAAUGAACAUGGAAAUGGACUUAUUGUUGGAAUAUUCAUCAUGAUCAUGUACGUGUGUCAAUUCAUAAUAUUUUGAGAUUGACAGUCUAGUAUUUUAAAAUAGGUGUUCCUCAUGGAUCUACCGUUGGUUCAUUAAUGUUUGGCCUAAAUAUGUAUAGUUGUAAUAUCAUGAUUCUAAUGAAUAUUCUUCUGCUUGAAACAAAACACAGUGUCACACAAUUUGCUCACAGUGUCCAAAACAUGUUCACAUAGUAGACUACGUGAUCGCAAAGAUGUGGUUAACAUUGCGAAAAUGUUCAAAUGUAAACUGUGAAGAUAGUUGUACACUGUUGACGGGACGCCUCUAUACUGUGUGUAUUUGUAGUGUGUAGGCUACACAUAGUGGAAGAUGCGAUUCGCAUUCUUAAAAUGAUCAGGACUCCGUCUUAGCCAGCAACAUAUAAAAUGCAUGUUUGUUCAAAAUCUUUUUAGAUUUGAUUUGUAAUCAUACACUCAUUGUUUUCUUGAAAAUUCAGUUUAUUUGUCUGUGUUUACAAAGGACAUCACGUAAAUUUCUUGGAAAAAAUAUGACACUGUUGGAUUUCGAUAUAGUUUAAGAUGCUCGCAUCAAUCAUAACUCAUUGUAAGACGGGGCCUUGAUUUAAGAGUAGGCCAAUGACGAUCAUUUCACAUUUGUAUUUUCUCUUUUUUUUUGUUGGUGUUGAUGUUGGGUUUGGUUUUACCUCAUUUGCAUCUUUUACAAAUCAAGAUAAAAAAAAUCUAUUCUUUCGUCAAAACGCGUCUGAAGGAUGUGGUAAAGUAUACUCGAAUAUCGUCUAACAUUCCAAUAUUAAAAAAAGUGUAGUGAGUUGUUCAUGUCUUUCAGCCGUAUGGAUUUCAAGUUCGGUUUGUAGCGCACUUGUCUCGGUCAUGUUAAAAAUAAUUAUUACUCCGGCUGUUGCUGACCAUAUAGCCGCUUAUUAAGAAUCCUACCAUGUAGUCCCACCUGGGUCGAGUGCAGCACAAUAAGAAUAAAUUCCUUGCUGAAGGGAAUUAACACAUAGCAUUCGAGCCCAUGAAACUUUACACCAUGAUGGUUUUAUUUAUAUUUUUAUGUAUGUAUAUAGUUCUUCAUAUUUAUAUUUUUAAUGGCCCGCAUUCUCCAGUCCAGAUUAACUCAGGCCCUUGCCUUACUCUGUAUGAAAGUUAUGGGAAGUCAGAUAUUUCGAAAUUGCAUUUACAUAUUUCUAUAUUCACUUGGUUCUUUCUUCAUGCCUUACAGAUGAAUAUUUUUUUAAAGUAAUUAUUCCCACAUCAGUUAUGAAGGAUUUAAGUGUUAGAAUAAUGUACUGAUAAAUUGAACUUGUCCCGUUUAGAGAUAUAGCUUUUACAGUUGGCUAUCAAUAGUUACACCCCAACUUUAAACCAGAGUUUGAAUUAAACCCAAUUUCAGAAUAGGGUCAAUGGCCCGCAUUCUGAAGUCGGGUUUAACUUAAACUCAGGUUUAAAUUUGUGGUUUAAGUAUGGAUAGCCAAUUGUUACAUAAAUCACCAACGGUAGAGAUAUCAUAUUUCAGCUCAUUUGGCUCUCAAAUCAUUCAUAAUUUUCUAGGAAGUAUGAAUAGAUGAUUGUCUUAACCAUCGAUGAAUCAGGAAAGAGCACAGUAAACAUAAGAAACAGACAACUUAUAAAAAUUUUGACACUUUUGGCUUCCGAUAAUUUUAGCACAGAGUUAGACCAUGGUCUAAGAUAAACCGGACUUCAGAAUAUGGACCAAUAUGUUUAAUGAUUUAUCCUCUUUGUGCUGAACUUGACCACGGUGAGGUGAUCGGAUAUCCGGUAGGAUUGCACUGAGCGCUUGGAAGCAGCAGCUCUAGCUAAAGCCAGUUUAAAAUGUGCCUUGGAACAGCUAGCUCUAAAAUUCAUGGCACGAUAUGAAAUUAUAUUACUGUAUCUUUGUCGUAAAAAAUAUAUUGCAAUAAGUUUAAUGUGCCCAUGAAAUAUGAAUUGGAUGUUUUUUUAAUGGUUGAAGGAAUUAAAAAUCUAUAUUUUAUUUGUAAAAAAUGAA